AUGGAAACGGUACCCAGUACUUCGAUAACGAGCAGUUCAUUGUUCAAUUUUAAGAUCGUAUUACUGGGGGAAGGUGCUGUGGGCAAAACUUCAUUGAUGUUACGCUAUGUGGAAAACAAAUUCAGCCCACAACACGUAUCAACAUUGCAGGCUUCAUUUUUGAGCAAAAAACUUCAUGUUGAUGGUCAAACAGUGGUUUUGAAUAUAUGGGAUACAGCCGGACAGGAAAAAUUCCAUGCACUUGGUCCUAUAUAUUACAGAGACAGUCAUGGUGCUCUUUUGAUUUACGAUGUAAAAAUGUGGGUAAAGGAACUGAAACGCAUGUUAGGUGAUGACGUUUAUUUAAUGAUUAUUGGGAAUAAAAUGGAUUUAGAACGAAAUCGAAAUGUUAAUACUGAUGAAGCUAUCGGAUAUGCGAAGUCGAUUGGUGCGAAAUAUUUUGAAACUUCAGCUAAAGAUAACAUCGGUGUAACACAAGUUUUUGAUUACCUCGUAAAAGGUUUGGUCGAAAGAGCGCAACAUUCGAAGUUCCAAGGCAUAGAUAUAACUUCCUCCUCACAUUAUGGUGCAUCGCGAAGAAAUGAUUUACUGAUUAUUGAUGACCCACCUCCAGUCAAGAAGUCUUGCUGUUUUGGCUGA